GUCGCAAACGACAAGAUCUAUGGUAACGUGUCCCGUGAUGCACUGACGCGUCUUUACUAUUGUGCCCUUUUCUUAUUGGUUAGAAUGUUCUGCUUACAUGAUGUGUUUCUGCCCCCUAGUGCCUAAAGGAGGUUGGGAGUUGUCGGAUGUUACUUUAGAGAGGGCAGCCUCGCGGGAAGCCUUAGAAGAAGCGGGCGUUCGAGGCAGCAUAACUCGAUUUGUCACAACCAUCAACUCGCCAUCAACAACAUAUCACUUCUACGAACUUGAAGUCACGAGUCUCGACAAGGACUGGUUAGAAAGCCGGGAGCGGAAAAGAGAGUGGGUGGAUUAUGCCGAGGCGUUGAAACGGAUCUCAUGGAAGACCGAACUUGCGCAAGGACUAAUGCUUUCUACGUUGGCGCCACGGCGGUAGUCGAUGUUGUCCUGCUGUGCAAGCCAGCGCCACUUCAAACAGACCGCUAAUGGUUGCAAAUUACCAUGCUUAGAACGUCGCCGUCAUCUAUACUUUACUCAUCCACUUUAAAGAUACCACCUAUCCCAGCAGUGCUCUUGUUUUCACACUUUUCGCAUCACACGCACUCCACUUCAUCUCGUCAUUCUACGUGCAUAUCUUGCUAUCACAUGUACCCCUUAUCCAACCUCGUUGGCAACGUCAUCCUCGGCAUACGCAUCAUUCGUCGUGGUAGACUUCAUGUUCGCGGACUUUCGCCUAGUAUUUUAUCCAUGCUAUAGAUGUAGUUACAUGUUUUAGCUUUCAUCAAAUAUCGGCGUUCAAUUGUGCGUAUGUGCGUUUCGUCCUGGGUGCAAACAAAAUAUUUCUCGGGCGGU